GUCCGUUACUUCCCCUCUGCAUGAUUUUCCUCAAAAUAAAUAUUUAUUUUCUUCUUCUCACAUUCGCUUUUUAUCAGUAUUCAAGCAUCAAAACAACUCAGACUUGUUCACAUUCUCUCAACUUCGUAUCUUCAGUCGCGGUGUCGUCUUGUCACUGAUAAAGAGUCAACUUUCUACAAUCCUCUUCAUAUUUGCAAUUUCUUCUGGAAAUACCGUGGAAAUAGUGUGAAAAUGAGUUUGGUCCGCAAUUCCUUCAAGUUCCGUGGCCUCAUGGCUCCAGUCUUCACAGCAUUCAAGAAUGAUCCUGUCCAGAGCGUUAAUUGCGAGCUGAUUGAUCCCUACGCCAAGUGGCUGAAAGAGAGAGGAAUCCAGGCGGUGCUGGUCAACGGAACCACUGGCGAGGGAAUGUCCAUGAGCGUGUCUGAACGCAAGACAACCGCUGAGGAGUGGCAGAAGGCUUGCCGGAAGCACGGAAUGACGCUGAUGCUGCAAAUCGGCGGAGUGCCUUUUGUGGACGUGGCAGAAUUGGCCAAGCAUGCUGAUCAGCUGGGCGUUGACGCUGUCCUUUGUCUCCCGGAGCUGUACUUCAAGCCCAAGACGGAGCCUGAUCUGGUGAAGUACCUGGCCAAAGUGGCCACGCACUGUCCCAAGACUCCGCUCCUCUACUACCACAUUCCAGUCAACACAGGAGUCAAUCUUUCCAUGCCGAAGUUUCUGGGCCUGGCCGAGAAGGAAAUCGACACUUUCGUGGGGAUUAAAUACACUUCUGGCGACUUGGCUUUGGGAUCAGCUUGCCUGGCGGAGAAUCGCUUCAUUUUCCUGGGAGCAGAUUCCAUCCUGUGCGGCGCUCUGGCUCAAGGAUUCGACUCCAGCAUCAUGACGAUCCUCAACGUCUGUCCAGAACUCGCCAUUGAGAUCUACAACGCAGUCAAGAAGGGCGACGUCUUCAAGGCGCGCGAGAAGCAGAAGGAAUUGUCCGCAGUCGUGGACAGAAUCCUUGCAGAAGGAGGCGGAGAAUGGGUUCCGUCGAUGAAGAAGGAGUUCAAUCGCGUCUUCCACACCAAUAUUGGCAACGUGAGAUUUCCUCUUGCUUGAAAAAUCGUCUAUAUAUUGACCGUCACCUGACAUGCAAUAAAGUCUUUACAAAAUA